AUGUUAGAUAUUAGAGAAUAUAAAAAUAUAAAUACUUAUAUUAAAGAAGAAGAAGAUUCAAAUAGUAAUAGCAGCCGUAAAUUUGCCAAAACAUUACCAAUGGGUAACAUAUUUAUGGAAGCUUAUGCAUCAGAAGAGAAAAUUUCGUUGGUGCGAACACCCUUUAUAAUUACAAUUUGGAUUUUAAUAGCCAACAUAUCAAGAAUAAGUUUUCAUAUAUCCAAAAAAUUCCCUUCGUGGAUGCCAGAAUCCUGUGUUUUAAUCAUUACAGGUAUUAUAUAUGGGUCGGUGUUUUUUUUCACGAAAAUCGCGACUAAGGAUGAUUAUCUAUGGUUUACAUAUAUUUUCUUCUUUGUUUUACUUCCGCCGAUUGCUUUAAAUGCUGGAUAUUAUUUAUAUGGCCAUAAAUUUUUUGAUAACAUAUGGACUAUAUUAAAUCUUGCAGUUAUAGGUACUUUGUGGAAUACAUUGGGGAUAGGACUUUCAUUGUACGGAUUAGUUAAAUUAGGCGUAUUUAGUAUAGAAAUUACUAUUGUGGAUUGCCUUUUGUUUGGUAGUUUGAUAUCGGCAGUAGAUCCGGUAUCCGUUUUGGCAAUAUUUGAAGAGAUUCACGUCAAUGAAAUAUUAUACAUUAUCAUGUUUGGUGAAUCUCUACUUAACGAUGGUAUUUGUGUGGUACUAUAUAACUUAUUUCUGUCUUUCAAAACUUCAUCGCACGUUACAUUAGAUUAUAAUGACUUGCUAACGGGGGUAUCUUCUUUUGCCUUUGUAGCGAUGGGGGGAAUAGCAGUGGGAUUAAUGGUAGGAAUUAUUGCAAGUUAUGUAACCAAAUAUACAAAUAAAACACCAAACAUUGAACCACUUUUCAUGCUUGCAAUGGCAUACUUAUCGUAUUUAAUUUCCGACUUAUUCCAAAUUUCAGGAAUUAUGGCCAUAAUUUCUUGCGCAAUCGUAAAUCAACAUUAUGCUUCACACAAUCUUAGCAUGCAUUCGAAUAAUUGCGUGGCUAAUUUGUUGGCAAUGCUAAGCAGUGUAUGCGAAUCCAUGAUCUUCUUAUGGAUGGGAAUUUCAAUAUUUGGAGACUAUCAUCUGUGGAAUUCUUAUUUCAUAUUUUUCUCUUUAUUAUUUUGCUUCAUCUUCAGGGCUUCUGGAAUCAUAGUUUUGGUAUGGAUAGCAAAUCAAAGAAGAUUAAUAAAAUUAGAUAAUUUGGAACAAUUUAUUUUGAGUUACUCUGGAUUGCGAGGAGCCAUUUCAUUUUCUUUAGCUCUGUCAUUGAUAAAAAAUGAGCAUUUAACCGAAGAUUUAAAAAGAAUGUUCUUGACAACAACAAUAAUCAUUGUAUUAUUUACCACAUUUUUUCAAGGUAUGACCAUAAAGCCUCUUGUCGAUUAUUUGCGGAUCAAAAAAUCAGAAGAUAAUUCAAAAUUACUUUCAGCGAUAGUUUUUGGAAGGUUUUUAAAACAUUUGGUAAAUGGAAUGGAAAGUAUUGUCAGUCCACAAGAAUUCUUUUUGUUUAAAGAGAAGUUACAAUGCGAAACUUUGACACUAAUCAAAUUAAACCGAUACUAA